GGGGGACCGCCUGCUUCCACUCUUUGAUAUCCAACUUCGCACAGAUCUGACGAGGCGAAGCCGUGGCGUGAGAAUGGCAUCGUCUGGAGGGCUCAGCAACCUGUACCUUGUCAAAUGGAAGUCAGCAAAGCAUCCAUCGCCUUCACUCCUCACUCUCCUGCGCGCAAAGGUCAGUCAGCACACCGAGCGCAUUUGAGCAGAGAGGCUCUCUUGAAAUGUGUGUGUGACUGUGACUGUGUCUGUGGGUGUUUGUGUGUGGUGUGUGGUGUGUGGUGCAGUCGCCGUCUGACCUGCGGAUGCGGAUCCCUCGCGAGUUUGACUAUGCCGGCGACCACAUAGAGUUCCAGGAAUACAACGGGCCUCUCGCCCUGCACUUCGACGUAUGACAUGACAUUAGGGCGCACUGACUGACCACACACCGUGACUGACACACGCGCGCCCCUUCUGUGUGCUGUGCUGUGCUGUUUGUUAGGUCGAGUCGCCCCUCGACAAGCACCCCGACUUCAGCAUCGACAUGCGGCCGUCGUCCUUGGCCCACGACAUCGCCUUGCUCUUCAACGACCCCACCACGAGCGACUACACCUUCUCCGUCGAGGGCCGCCGCAUCUACGUCCACAAAGCCGUCAUCUCGGCGCGAUGCGACACACUCAAGCGGCAGAUCUUCUCGGGCGGCAGCAAAACCACAGCCGGCAAGGGCACAGUGGUGGGCGACUGCUCGUACAGCGUGUUCUACCAGUUUCUGAGGUACCUCUACUACGACGACGUCGAGCCCUUUGAGUGGGACCUGCCGUGCAUCCUCGGCGACCAGACAGCGACAGGGACAGGCGGCGAGGGGGGCGGUGGAAGCGAGGCUCUGGAGCACUACGUGUGCCUGCACACGCUGGCGGGGGUGUACGGGCUGAAGAGAUUGCGGGAGCGGGUCGAGCAGCGGAUGUGGGACAUGAUCAAGGUCUUCAUCGCCAAGUGGUGCCAGAUCGACCUGGGGAGCCUGGGAAUGGGCGUGAGCAAGGGCAUGGCCAGCGGACUCGACAAGGCGGCCAGGCGGACCCGCAAGGGCACACGAGCUGCCGACGGCAGGGCUGACGCGGCACAGAUGGCCGUCGAGGUGAGUGAGGCCUCGACGCCCACGUGCAUCAACACCCAUCCAUUUCGUGUGUGCGUUGUGUCCUGCCGUGUGCAGAUUGACGAGGCCUCGUCUAUGCCUCCCCCACCCCCUUUGUUCGAUGACCCACCCACGGCAGUAGAGGCAACAGCCGCACCCAAGACAGACCCAGCACUAGCACCAUCACCAGCACCAGCACCAGCGCAUUCGGUUGGCCUGGUGGUCAAUGUCGGUCGCGGCAUCGCUCUCAAGCGGCGGAGGCGGCACAUGGUGGAGCUGAUCGAGGCGCUGCUGGGGUACUGCUCGUUCGCAAAGGCGUUUGAGCUCAAGGGGCUGCUCCUCUGCUGCCUCGCGCUCAACGAAUCGGUGGGUGGAAUAUGGGUGGGGGGGAGGGGUGUGGAUCAUGUGUGUGUGUGUGUGUGUAGUUGUGGGAGUGGGUGUCGCCUUCGGUCAAGAGCGAGGCCGCCCAGGUCAUCGGCGACAGCCCCGGCUACCUCAGGCUGCCCGAUCCCAUCGUCAGAUACGUCUACCCGUAAGCAGCUGCACACACACACACUCACACACAGGGCACACACACUCACACACAUAACUCCCCGCUACUCCACUCCACUGCAUUCGAUUCGCGUGCUCUCAUGUGGCUGCUCACAUUUCUGUGUAUCAGUGGCCACAAGGGCGGCUCGCCAUGGGAGUCCAUCGAGCUCAAGUAUGUCUGUGCUCCUUUCUCUCUGAUGUUCGGCCCACUGUCUGUCUGUCUACAGAAUGGUCGACACAAAGCCCCACUUGUCAGGCGGCACUGCGGCACCCUGCGGCACAACCAGCAAGGAUGCCGCAGGUGGCCGGGGCGAGAGCUCCUCCAUGAAGGAGCACUUCGUCAAGUUUCUAUAUCCCCGAUUCUUCCGCACCCUCAAGAAGCACCGCGAUCUCGCCAUCCAGGCACAGCAACAAGACCACCGGCAAAGAGGCCGCCGCGUCAAGUCCGCCGACGACUCGCGCAGCGACCCGUCGCAGUCGGGCGGCUCGGGCGGCUCCCUGGGCGACUGUGAGGUGUCGGAUGAGUCAAGCGGGACAUCGCCCCCCUCUAUGCCGUCUGACGAGCCACAGCAGACACAGGUGCAGACGGCCGUGGCAGGGGGCGGUGAUGUGUCGACGAAUGACACCACACAGGAUGGGGCGAGCAGCAAGGGGGGGACGGGGAGUGCGAGUGCGAGCGGGGUGGAGGGGGAGGGGGGAGGCAAGAGGGCUGCGGCAAACAGGGGGACGAAACGGUCAGCACUCACUCACUCACAGGGAAUGCUGUUUGACAGGUCAACCUAUGAGUCAUCUUUGACGUCUGUGUGUGCUUGUGUGCGUGUUUCAUCAGGGUGAUGGUGUGGGAGGCCCUCGAGCAAGACCUGAAGCGCGCCCGCCAUCAGGACGAGGCAGCCCUCGCGGCAGCACCACAACCACCAUCACAACCACAACCCCCAGCACCAGCAACAGCAUCAGCAGCAGCAGCAGCGGAUCAGCCCCCCCAGCCGAUGGACGUCGAUGCACCGCCGUCUAUCCAAGUGACGCCCCCGCCACCACACGGCCAGGACCACUUCCCAGUGCCGCCGUUGCCACCGGCUCUUGUGCAGGCCAACGAUAAGAAGGGAUGAGGGACGAGGGAGGGAGGGAUUUGAGGAAUUUUUGCCUCUUGUUGGCUGGGUGAAAUGUUGUCCGUCCUAGCGAG